AUUUAUGUUAGUUCUUUUUUUUUUAACUUGUAGUUCUAAAUUGGAAGAUUAUUGUGAUUUUGCAAUAUACAAAUAAAAUUAUAUUUUGUUAUUUUUUCAUCGCUGGGGCCGCAGGAUGUUGUGGGGUCGCAGGGGCUCCAUGUCGUGGUGAGCGUCGUGCUCCGAGUGCUUCAUCUGCAGGGACAUGAUCUCUUCCUGCACAGCGUUUCGCCGGUUUAUUGAGACUUUCAACCCCAGGUAGGCCAAUUAUGGCUCUUUGGGUCUUAAAGGUUGCUGACCCCUGCUUUAGAUGAACAGAGAUUUUUAAUUAAAUACAUAUUCUUUAAUAAAUGUUCUCUUUUAUAAAAAGUAGGAUAAUUAAAAAAAAACUUUUAUUAUAGCUCUAUUGUGUAGAAAAAAAAAAGGGUCUUGUUUUCUGUUGUCUGUUAUAUAAUAUUAGGGAUGUUUGUGACAAUUAAUUUCUUAAUCGACUGGACUAACCAAUAGUCCACAACUAGGAAACACUGAAAUUUUAAGUUAAGUUUGAAAACAGUUUAAAAAAAAAUACCCCAUUCCAAAAUGUCUUGCUACAAUCUCAUUGGCUUAAGGAGUGAUGAUGUCAUAGGGAGAUCUUAAGAAUCUUAAGUCCUUUGAUGUUUUUCCUUAAAUAGGGGUGAGACACAGCAAGUUCUAGUUCGUUUCAGCAGCAUCUGUGUUUGCAGCCUAUGAAACGUUCACCACAGAAACAUUUGGAAAGCUUUUCAAAGUCAUCAUAUAGAAACUCCAACAUGUUUCCAAGAAAAAACCAACCAAUUCAAAAAGAUUACGCCGCCUCUCCUUCCUGGCGUGGCUGGCCAAUUUCCCCAAAUGGCGUCUCAUCCUUCCAAAGGGCAUUAGAGGAGAGUAGGAAGGAAAACUACCUUCUCCAGAAAAAAAUGCAACAAAUUGAAGAAGAGAAACUUCAACUGGAGGACAAGUGUAGACGAAUGGAAGCCCAAAAUAAAGAGCUGGAAGAAAGACAACAGCGCCAGCCGGACAUAAAAAUUAUUAAUGAGGGCUGGGGAAUCAAGUUUGCUCAGGCCCGAGAGCAAAUUGUGCACCUCAUUAAAGAAAAUAAGCAAAAGAGCGCGGAACUAAAAGAAAUGACCAACCAGCUCCAAGACAAGAAAACGAUGACUGAUAAGACACAAAGGGAUCUCCAAUACAUCGACCAAAUGGAUCAGCUGCUCCAAAGACAGCUCCGUGAAGUUGUGGAAGAAAAGAGAAAAAUCCUCCAACAGAAGGAAGAGCAGGACAAAAAGCAAAGAGACAUGCAGCACGAACUGGAGAGCAUGCAGGAAAAAUACCGAAUGCUGAAAGAAAGCCUGGAUGAAACACUGCGCCAAAAUAAAGACCUUCUUCAACAGAAAGAGCAACAGCAGGAAAGACUGGAAGAAGGAAAACGUAUUGUCCAGGACUUUGAAUCUAAAAAUCUAAAACUGCAAGAGUUUUGUAAUCAGCUGGAGGACAAAGUAACUAAAGUGGAAGAAGAAAAGGACAAACUGGAGAAACGCUGCUCACAGAUGCAGAAAAGGAUCGAGCAAAAUGCGAGAAACAACUCCGAGCUUGUUAAGGGGAUUUUGGUGGAAUUCAAUAACUUGAAGCGUGAAAACACUCAAAUGCAGGCACAAAAACAACAACAAGACAAAAUACAUGAAGACCUGCAGCUCACGCUCCAAGAAAUCCAGAAAAGAAACGAGCAGUUAGAAGACAAGCACAAAGAAGUCCAACAGAGAAAUGCAGACAUGCACAAGGACAAGCUGAUACAGGAGGCAACAUCCAAACAACUCAAAGACAAGCUUGAAGAACAACAAGCAACAUUAGAAGAGGUGGAACAAAGAUGUAAGAAACUUGAAAAGCAAAACACAGAAACAAUCGAUGAGUUGAGAAAUCUCAUCCUGGAGAAAAAAGCGCUCGUGGAAAAGUGCAUGAAAAAGAAGACAAAAUGGUUCCGCUUGUUCCGGAGGAGAGACGCUACUGCUUCCUCACCUGAUGUAGCCUCGUCUUGCUCCACCUCUGUCCUUCCCCCCAACCAGUCCCGGCAGUUGACUGUCCCCUCCUGAGCCUGGUUCUGCCGGAGGUUUCUGCCCGUUUAAAGGCAGUUUUUCCUCCCCACUGUCGCCAAGUGCUUGCUCAGAGGGGAUUGUUGGG